AUGAACAUUUGCAUCACCUGUAAUUUUGAGAUGGCUCACUUUCUCGUUUCCGUGAUAGUUUUUAAGGCCCAAGCAGCAGUGGCUGCCAAACUAUUUAGUUACUUUAACAGCUUUAGAGUAAACAUCGGUGGCAGCAACGCUCAACGGGACCUCUUUAACAUGUUUCUCUUCUACGGCUUGGCCAAGUCGGACAGCCCGCUUGACAAAGAACGCCUCGGUCAGUUGCUCGGCCAACGCCAAUACAAUGGAACAAAAAGCAGCAUUGCUGACAGGCUAAUGAAGAGAUACCUGCAUCAACCACGCCUCGAGAUUGUGGCUAGUUGA